CUCAUCACUUACUUCACAUACUAAGAGAGUUAUUAGAACUUGAAAAAAAAUGGCUUCCAAGGCUUUGAUUCUGUUAGGGCUCUUCGCAGUUCUUCUCGUCGUCUCUGAAGUGUCUGCCGCAAGGCAGUCGGGCAUGGUGAAGCCAGAGAGUGAGGAAACUGUGCAACCUGAAGGCUAUGGCGGUGGCCACGGAGGACAUGGUGGUCACGGAGGACAUGGUGGUCACGGAGGACAUGGUGGACACAACGGAGGAGGGGGCCACGGACUUGACGGAUACGGAGGUGGACACUACGGAGGAGGAGGAGGCCACGGACACUACGGAGGAGGAGGAGGCCACGGACACUACGGAGGUGGAGGAGGCCACGGACACUACGGAGGUGGAGGACACCACGGAGGAGGAGGCCACGGGCUUAACGACGAACCUGUUCAGACUCAGCCGGGUGUUUAAAACUAUAUCAUAUAUUCACCACCAUGCAUGAUUGCAUCUAUAUAUACACUUAUGGAUUAUGUGUGUGCCUAUAAAUAAACCAUGGUGACUAUGUAAUGCAUUCUUCAGAAAUGUGUGGAAUAAUGUUUCAUAAUAUUAAUAUAAUGUCUCUCAGUUU